GCAACGCAGAGUACUUGGGCGAUAGAACUUGCAAAAUGGCGUCUUACUGAACAUUCGUAUAUUCGUGUAUUUCUUGCAGGUCGUGUCCGUUAUUUAGAUCAUUGGAAUCACUGUGUGCAGUUUUAUAUUCAUUAAUUAUUGACUAUAUUUCAUCAUGGGUACAUCAGAUUUGGAGGGUUCCGAAUGUAAACGAGAACCUUUAGGAUUAGAUUCUGAUGUUGAUGGUAUGAUUGAUCCAAAAAAGAAAAAGAAGAGAAAACAUAAGCAUCAUAAGCACAAAAAAGAAAAAUUAAUUGAGAAAGAUGACGAACGAUUAGACAAGCAGGAAAGACGAAAACAUAAGAAACACAAGAGACAGAAAAGAGAUAGAAAUAUGGAAAAUGGUACUAUUGAAGAGAAAUCAAUUUCUAACGUAAUACAUAAAGAAAUUGGUGUAAAUGGAAAAACAACUUCCAUAUUAGAAGUUAUCUCUACGGAAGAAAGCGAAGAUGAGAAAUUGGUUGAUCUUGAUUCUGAUGAAGUGGAUUGCACCAUUAUAGAAGAUGACAUUGAUCUUGAAGAAUUAAUGAAACAGAAGGAACGAUUGCAAGCAUGUUUAGUACAAUAUCUCUCGGAUGAUUCUGAAAAGGGUGACGAUAAAGAGUUACGAGAAGAAGAGGAAGAAGAGGAAGAAGAAUCUAAAACUGUGGCAGAAACACCCGAUGUCAUACUUGUAGAAGAUGAUAGCGAUAUCGAUGUAUCAUCGAAAAAACGAGAUAGAAGCAAAUCAGGCAGUAGAGAACGUAAGAAAGUGAUAAAAUCCGAAAGACGUGUUAUAGUUGAUAUCACUAGAGAUAGAAAAACUCGCGAACAGCACAAAGAUAAGAGAAGAGAUUUUGAUAGAAAAAGAGAUGAAAAAAACCGCCUUAGAGAGGAAGGAAAAAGAGAAGAUACUCGAAGAGACGAUAGAUCUUCACGAAAAAUUUAUGAAAGACAGAAAGAAGAUACAAAAAAAGACGAACUUAAUAAAAAAGUAGAUGAUGACCAGCAAAAACGUAAAGAUCUAUUGAGAAGGGAUGAGACACGUAGAAGAGAAUCAGAUAGACGAGAAGAAAACAGAAAACGAGAGCCACCUAUCCAUUAUAAUUCAAAAACUCGUAACAAUGAGUUAAAAAGUUUAGAUAACAAAAGCCACGACAGAAUGGGAAGUCGCGAGCGUCAAGACAGUCGAGAUCGUCACAUUAGUCACGAUCAACGCAGUCAUGAUAGAUUAUCGAGUAGAGAGCCCCGCCGUCAUGCUAGUCGUGACAAAAGGGAUAGUAAGAGCAAAGAUCGUCAUGGAAAUAAAGAUCGACAUGAUGGUAGUCGCGAUCGACGAGAAAUUCGAUAUCAUGAUCAUCGAAUCGACGAUCGGUCUCGCAAUACCGUGAGAAGAUCACGUAGUUUAAAUCGAACCAGAUCAGAAAGAGAACGAAACGAUCGGUAUAAAAGAUCCAGAUCUCCUUCUCGAAGUCACAGAGAUCGAGAUAAGCAACAAUUCAGGGAUCAUAUUAGAGAUCGCGAAAAGGAUAGAGAGAGAAAUAACAAGAGAGAUCGUAGCGAUAAGUACAAAGAUUCUUUAUCGGAAGGUCUUAAGAUAGAACAUUCGGACAGCUCAAGCGAAGAAGACAUCAGAGAUAUUGAUAUCGAGGAAGAAGAAGAUGAAGAAGCUAUUAUAGAACGUCGACGAAAACAAAGAGAAGAAUUGCUCAAAAGACUAAGUGGACCAAAUGAAGAUUCUAAUAUGUCUGCUGAUAUCAUUGUUGCUGAUUCUCCAGAAAGCCAAUCUAAUAUAUCACAAAAAUCUGUAGAGAUGCCAUCCAAUAACAAUGAAUCUCUUUUGGAGAGUCAUACUCCACCACUGCCUACAGAAAAACUAGAGUCUCCGCCUCCAGCUAAAAAGCGAAAAUCCAGAUUUGAGGAUGCACCACUUAAUGAGCCAGACAAAACUGAGAAUAUCAAAAUAUCUGAAAGAUUUAAACAAGAAGAAAAACCAACUUCGAAAAAAUCGAACGAAUGGGACAUGUUUGCGGAAGCAGAUAAUAUCGGUGAUUUUAACAGUCCUACGUUAGAAGGAAAACGUCAAGGAGGACCAGACAAUCCUAGUUUGACAGAUAACUGGGACGACGCCGAAGGAUAUUAUCGAGUGCGCGUUGGAGAAACACUAGACGCGCGAUACGUAGUUUAUGGAUAUACAGGACAAGGAGUAUUUAGUAAUGUAGUAAGAGCGAGAGACAGCGCUAGAGGAAAUUUAGACGUAGCUGUGAAAAUUAUAAGGAACAAUGAAAUAAUGCAUAGAACUGGUUUGAAGGAGCUAGAGAUUCUUAGAAAGCUGAACGACGCUGAUCCGGAAGAUAGAUUUCACUGCUUGCGUCUAUUUAGACAUUUUUUCCAUAAAAAUCAUUUAUGUAUGGUUUUCGAACCUUUAGCCAUGAAUUUAAGAGAGGUUUUAAAAAAAUAUGGUAAAGACGUUGGUUUACAUGUCAAAGCAGUAAGAUCGUAUACGCAGCAACUUUUUCUAGCACUAAAAUUAUUAAAACGUGCAAAUAUUCUGCAUGCUGACAUCAAACCGGAUAAUAUUCUAGUCAGUGAAAGCAAACUGGUGUUAAAACUCUGUGAUUUUGGUUCCGCAUCGCACGCCCAUGAAAAUGAAAUAACACCGUAUUUAGUUUCGAGAUUUUAUCGUGCACCCGAAAUUAUUCUUGGUAUACCAUAUGAUUUUGGUAUUGACAUGUGGUCUGUGGGAUGUACCAUAUACGAAUUAUACACAGGAAAAAUAAUGUUUUCGGGAAAAACAAACAAUCAAAUGUUAAAGUAUUUCAUGGAUCUAAAGGGCAAAAUGCCAAACAAGUUAAUUAGGAAAGGAUCAUUUAAGGAUCAACAUUUUGACAGCAAUUGUAAUUUUCUAUAUCACGAGGUUGAUAAAGUCACAGAACGAGAAAAAGUCGUCGUAAUGUCAACCUUACCAGCGACUCGCGAUCUUAGCGCAGAACUUGGUGGAAAUUCUUUACCACCAGAACAAAAUCGUAAAGUUGGACAAUUGAAGGAUUUGUUGGAACGAACAUUGAUGUUGGACGCAGGGAAGAGAAUCACUGUGAAUCAUGCUCUGGCGCAUCCUUUUAUACAAGAAAAGAUAUAGGUAACCCUGUCUGGGGUCCUUUAGCUUCGAAAAAUUUACUGACGUAACUUUGUAAAAUGAUACCGUUAACAAUCCCUUCUAUUGUUAAACGUCACUUUGACAGAAGUGCGGUAUGUCUCUCUAUUUCACUAUAUCUUUUAUUCUCAUUCCUCCUUCCAUCCUGAAUAUUCUUGUUUUUGACAUGUAGAAAAUUCGUUUUUUUUUUUUUUUGUUUAGCAGGAAGAGGCGGUACAAAAUAUUUGUUGUUUCCUUGUAAAGUUAUCAAAAAAAUUAUGUCUCAUAUAAUGUGAGAACUUUGCAACAAAGGAAAAAUAUAAUUGCAAAGUUGCACAAAACCGUACUCUAUGGACAGUACUGAAUCCAAAGGUAUUAUUUAAUUGCGUGUGAUUAUUGUCAAAUAAAUAGAGUAUAAUAUUUUUAUACUCGAUAUAAUAAUUGUGAAUACAAUAAUGAAUAGAUAAUAAUUAAAUUUUGUCAUUAUAUAUAAUAUAUAGAUGGUGUUUCUAAUAUAGAUUAGUCCGUGUUGUAACGCAUAUCUGGAGGUAUUGUAGAUAUCAAAUUCUCUGUUUAAAAUCGAACUUAUCGAUUUCAAUAGUUACAUUAUUUAAUAAGAAAAAUAGAAAUAAAAAAGUAACAACCGUCUCUUUCAGCAAAAUUAGUAUCGGUUUCCUUUUUCCAAUUUUCCUGAUUUAGAAAGCCAGAAGUCCUUAUGAAUAGCACCCUUUGUAAAAUAAUUAUAGAUCGUGCGUUAUAUGAAAUUGUAUGUUACGUAUUUCCAUAAAGCGAGAAAGAGUUGUGUGUAUAUAUGUAUAUACAUAUAUACACACAUAUACAUAUAUGUACAUAUAUGUAUACAAAGAAAUAAGUCCCUGGGGAUCACAUAUAUUGUUUGAUCCAUUUUAGAGCAUCUCAUCAGCGUACAUGCAUAUACAGCAUUAGAAGUCUUAGCGGUAAAGAAAUCUGUUUUAAUUGGAAGAUAAAUUGUAUAGCGAAAUAGGACAAUUAUAUUGAAAUAAAACCGCAUAUGCUUAAUACAAUAAGAAAAA